UCUCUCUCUCUCAAAAAACUUGGUUUUCUCAGUUGGACAGUUGUUGGCUUGAUAGCUGGCCAUUCUCAUCUGCCUGAUCUCUCACAUGAGAGUUCACUCCUCUCUUUUCUUGACUAAUAUCCAAUUUAUAGUUAAUGACAAGUUCACUCUCUAUCUCUUUACAACAAGCUCGGUUUAGUCAUGGAUCCUACGCUGAACCAUGGGACUUUCUCUUGUCAGCCUCAGAAAGAAACAUGGAAGCAUGUGGCCCUCUUAUCGUUUCAGACCCUGGGAGUAGUCUAUGGCCAUUUGAGCACUGCACCUUUGUAUGUUUUUGGAACGAUCCCCCAAGAGGAUUUCAAGUCAGAUGAGAUUCCAUAUCAGUUCCUCUCCUUCAUCUUCUGGACGAUCACUAUCAUUUCCUUGCUGAAGUAUGCCUUAAUAGUCUUGAUAGCCGAUGAUGAUGGAGAGGGUGGUACAUUCGCUUUAUACUCGCUAUUGUGUAGGCAUGCGAAAGUGGGUCUGCUUCCAAAUGAUCAACUUACAGACGAGACUGUGCAUUUGGUGGAGACCUCAUGUAAGAUGAAGUGGCGAUCAAAGGCCAGAAGGGCUCUCGAGAAGCACCAAUUUAGUCACUACUUGAUGCUGUUCUUGGCUCUGUUUGGUUCCUGUAUGAUUAUCAACGAUGGAGUGCUUACCCCCGCAAUAUCUGUGCUGUCAGCUUCUAAGGGGGUCAAGCGGUCAUUGUCGGAGAUUGUCAAUUCAUCUUCCUCUUUGAACACCUCUCGAGAUUCCAUAACAAAGGCCUUGGAUAAAUAUGUUCCGGUCCCUUCUGCAUGCAUCAUACAGAUAGUCCUUUUCAUGCUGCAGCAAUAUGGAACUGAUAAAAUAGGGUUCCUGUUUGCGCCAAUCAUCACCAUUUGGCUCUUAUUUAUUGGUGGGGUAGGUUUAUAUAAUAUCUUGCACUUUAACCCUAAUAUUCUUCAUGCCAUAUCCCCGGCAUACAUGUACAGUUUCAUGAGAAAUAUCAAUAAGCAUAGUUGGAGAUCUUUGGGAAGCAUUCUCCUUUGCAUAGCAGGAUCAGAAGCGAUGUUUGCGAACCUAGGUCACUUUUCAAAGACGUCAAUUAAGAUAACCUUUGUGUGCUGCAUUUAUCCGGUUCUUCUUGUAUCCUAUGCGGGUCAAGCUGCAUUCAUAUCCAGAAACUGGCACAUUGUCCCAGAGUUCAAUCAUCUCAGUAGCUCUAUGCCGGAUCAUACUCGGCAUGCCUUCGUGGUGUUAUCUCUGUUCGCUUCAGCGGUCGGGAGCCAAGCAUCAAUAACGGCCAGCUUCUCAAUCAUAAACCAGCUCCUGGCCCUUAAAUGCUUUCCCCAGGUGAAAGUGGUGCACACGUCGGAAAAGAUACAUGGACAGGUCUACAUCGCAGACCUCAAUUGGCUGUUGAUGAUCCUAAGCCUCUCAGUGACGAUCGGUUUACACAAAGUCGGCCCAAUUGGAUACGCAACAGGAAUGGCCAUUGUUUCAGGAAUGCUUGUAACAACCUGCCUGAUGUCACUUGUGAUCUCUGUGUACUGGGAAAAGAGCCUAUUCAUAUCUGCGUGUUUCCUGAUAUUCUUUGGCUUCAUCGAAGCCAUGUACCUAUCAGCGUGUAUCUGGAACUUCCACCUAGGGGCGUGGUACCUCGUCAUGCUCUCUGUGCUGUUCUUGACCAUCAUGCUUGUGUGGCAUUACGGAUCGAUGAAGGAGUAUGAGUUCGAUCUAGAGAACAAGGUCUCGUUUGAGUGGCUCACCGACUUCGGUGCGGGGCUCGGGAUCUCCAGGGUCCCUGGGAUUGGCUUCAUCUACACAGACAUAGUGACUGGGGUCCCGGCAUUCUUCUCACACUUCAUCGCGAAUCUUCCCGCAUUCCACCAGGUUCUCAUCUUCGUGUCCUUCAAGCCUCAGCCGCUGCCUUAUGUGCCCAGCAACCAGCGGUUCCUCAUUAAUAGGGUCGGCCACAAGGACUACAGGAUCUACCGGUGCAUUGUGCAAUAUGGAUACUGCAACCGCACCAGGGACACAGAUGAUUUCGAGGAGCAGAUCAUCCAUUCCAUCGGGGAAUUCAUUUCCCUGGAGGAGAAAGACUUCGAGUCCAUCACUUUUGAGGAAGGUAAGAUGACCAUCGGCGGGAAGCCGGGCUCGGAUGGGAGAGCGGCAUAUGCCCUCAUCCCGGUUAACAACUCCAUGUCCACUGCGUCCUCAAGCCGGACCAGCGAGGAAAACAUGACCGUUUCUUACCACCCUGGGUCAGAAAAAGGUCCUAGUACUAAUGCCCCAGUGAGGAGGAAGAAGGUCCGGUUCGUAUUGCCUCCAGAGAGUCCUAAAAUGUAAGCAUUCGUGCGGGACGAGUUGCAACAACUAGUCGACGCCAGGGAGAGCGGCACUGCAUACAUCCUCGGCCAGUCCCAUAUAGUGGCGCGUCAAGGCUCCAACUUUUUCAAGCGGCUCGUGAUCAUGGUCUACGUUCUCCUGGAUAGAAACUCCCGGGAGCCUCCGGUCGCGCUGAACAUCCCCCACGCCGCGCUCAUUGAGGUCGGGAUGGUGUACACGAUAUAAUCAAGAAUCGAGGCGGUCCUGGAAUUUGGGCUUCGAUUUUGUGCAUAUAUAUUUCAUGAGAAAUGAAGGACGUUGUUAUGUUUCACAGGGUCACCUUCAGUCCAUUAUAGCAUCGUCAUCAGCAUAAUUUCCAUAUGUAAUGGCCAAAAUAACGUUGACGUUUGAAGCGUCAUCCUAUACUUUCACUUUCCUUUCAAGGGUUAGUUUCGAACUCU